AUGGCUUCUGAGAGGCAGGAAGAGGGCUUGAAUGCUGCAGGUGGCUUAGAUGAGCCCAGGUCUGACCAGGAGGUGGAGGAUGUAGAAGAUGAGAACAUUUACAAUGUGGAUGAGCUUAAGAUGCUGAUAGGAAGCGAUGAGAGUGAGCGAGAAGUCAGUGGCAACGACUCGGAGGAAGCAAUCUCGGAAAACGAAGAUUAUGCAAGCGAGGCGGAUUCUUUACUGGCGGAAUUCUCCGACUAUGGGGAAAUGUCUGAAGACGAUGAGCAGGACUUUAUGGAUGCGAUAAGAGAGGCUAACAAUUUCAAAGUCAGGAGAAGGAGGAAGGAUAAGGAUGGGAAAUCGUCAAGAGGCCCUGCAGCGCGGGUUUUGGAUCCGGAGGUGUCUUUGUUGCUGUCACAGGCCAACGAAGCGUUUGUGAGAAACGAUCUAGCAGUUGCGGAGAGGCUGUAUAACGAGGUUAUCAAGAAGGAUGCGCGGAACUUUGCGGCGUAUGAGACUUUGGGUGAGAUUUAUCAAUUGGAGGGACGGCUGAACGAUUGUUGCAAUUCGUGGUUCUUGGCGGCGCACUUGAACUCGUCAGACUGGUCGUUUUGGAAGAUCGUGGCGAUUCUUUCUGCCGACUUGGGUCACAUUAGACAGGCGAUUUAUUGUUAUUCCAGGGUGAUAAACAUGAACCACGAGGAGUGGGAAUGUGUGUAUCGCAGAUCUUUGCUCUACAAGGAGGUAGGUCAGAUCGGCAGGGCGCUGGAAGGCUUCCAAAAACUGCAUGUGCGCAACCCGCUGGAUGGGAGUAUUCUGCGAGAACUGGCUGUCCUGUAUGUGGAGUAUAACCGCAUCAACGACGCUAUUGACAUUUACAUGAAGAUCUUCGAGAAGAACGUCGAACGCAGAGAGGCGAUAGUGGCUGCCUCUGAAAAUGCACUUGACUCCUCGGAAGAGGAAAGCCAAGAGGAUGAAAAAGAGGAGCAAGCAUCACCGGAUGCUGUAGAAGAUGAGGGCUUGUCAGAGGAGAUGAAACUCUAUCCAAACGUCAACUGGAAGAAAAUACGAUCAAAAUACAAGUGUAUCAUAUUUGAUUGGUCGUCGUUGAACAUCUUGGCAGAGCUGUUUCUAAAGCUCACCGGCGGUGAGGCAUCCGGGAUCAAAGCAAUAAAGAGAUGUGCAAGAUGGAUUGAAAACCGUGAAAAUCAAGUCUUUUGGAAUGAGGUCAAUGAUGACUCGGAAUUUGACAAUAGAAGAUUCAAGAACAGUAAAUUCGACUCUCUAAAGGAAAGCGAGAAGAGGAAGAGUUAUGAUCUUCCAAUUGAUAUCAGAAUACGGCUCGGUCUUUUAAGAUUACAGAAUGACAACGUGGUAGAAGCUUUGAAUCACUUUCAGUUUCUGUAUGACGAGAAUUUUUCAGAUAUCUCGGAUCUUUAUUUCGAAGUGGCAUUAGCUUUGCAGAAAGCGGAGAAGUAUAAGGAGGCCAUUGAUUUUUUUACCCCGUUGUUGGCAGUAGAGGAAUAUUGCACUCUGGAGCUUUUCAAACCACUCGCCAAAUGCUAUAAGGAAAUUGAAGAUUACGCCAUGGCUGAAAAAUACUACUCAAAAAUUAUUGAAUUAGAACCUGACGAUCUGGACAAUAAACUUGUACUCGCGGAGAUCAACUACCACUUGGGAAAUACGGAAGUAUUCAGCAAACUACUUGCUGAAGCUAUUAAUCUGCGCAAGAGUCAAGCCAACCAGGGUUUACUACACGAUGAAAACAAAGAAAGGUCCUCUGAGCCAAGGGAUACGUCAGGGAAACCACUACUAGAGGAUAGCUUAUUCAGAAGAUCUGGCCCCAGAAAGAAAAGGACACCCCAAGACGCUGAAAGGGAAAGACAGGAACGUGAAAAAAGAAUUACCGCCAAGGUCCUCGAUAAGUAUAGUAAACUAGCCAUUUACAAGUCUGGAAUGCACCAUGGAGACAAGAGCCAAAGAUUCCUAUGGAUAGAUACAGCAUCUGAUUUGGUUGAUGUAUUCUCAAGCGUGAAGAACUUUUUUGUCAAGAGUAAAUCGAAGAAAUUUGUUGGUAUAUUUCGAAAAACCAGAAAGUUCAAUAAAGUGAUAGACUAUAAGAUUGAGAGGUUAUCCAAAUUAUCUGAGGGUGAUAAUCUCUUGAAUGGGUUACCACUGAUGGAGGAGAGAGUCACUCUCACGUCAGCCACCGAAUUGAGAGGAUUAACCUACGACCAAUGGUUCGAACUAUUCAUGGAGCUUGCUCUAAAUCUUGCUCGAUAUCAAAAUGUGGAGGAUGGACUGAGUGUGAUAGAGACCGCUCAGGAUGUUAAUGUUUUCUUCCAGGACCCAGAAAGAGCGAAAAUAAUGAAAUUCGUUAAGCUGGCCAUUGCGUUGCGAACCAAAGAUGACGAGGCUCUCAUUGAAAAUCUCAGAAAUUUACUGAAUCAAUUCCAGUUUAAUCGGAAAGUCCUACAACUUUUCUUGUUCUCGCUAAUUCGGGGUCAAAAGUCGCUGGACAUACUGAGCUCUACUGUUCACCAGAAAUUCUUCCUGCGACAGCUGAAGGCUUUCGAUAGCAUCCGGUAUGGCAAAAGCGUUAGCGGGCAGGCUUCCGUCACCAAUAAGAUCGUAUCGAACCCCGAAAAGCGAAACUCCCCCUACUUGUACUACAUUUAUGCUGUGUUAUUAUAUUCAAGUCGAGGGUUCCUGUCGGCCUUACAAUAUCUGGUCAGACUGGAGCAAGAUAUUCCGGAUGAUCCCAUGGUCAACCUGCUGAUGGGUCUCUCUCACCUGCACCGGUCCAUGCAAAGACUAACUGCUAGCAGACAUUUCCAGAUUCUCCACGGCUUAAGGUAUAUGUACCGCUACUACGAUAUCAGGUCGUCCUCUUACAGCAUCUUAGAGAAACAGGAGGCUGAUUACAACAUGGGGCGCGCUUUCCACUUACUUGGGCUAGUGUCAAUUGCAGUUCAGUAUUACGACAAAGUGUUGAACGACUAUGACGAUGAUAAGCUGAAGAAACAUGCAGCAUACAACUGUAUGAUAAUAUAUCAGGAAAGUGGGAAUACUAGACUCGCAAACCAUGUCAUGGAGAAGUAUCUAAGUAUAUAG